AUGGCUUUGGCAGACAAAAGACCUCUUGGCGUUCCAGUUACUUCAACGCACGCUUCGCCUGCGUACCCGAUGAAGUCGACCAUCUCCGAUUUAAAGGGCGUUGAGACGGCAUCCUCGCUGAUCCAACAACAACAAGAACCUGCUCGUGCUGGCAGUGCCAGUCCUACUGCUGGCGGCGACUUGUCGCCUACUUCCCGCCUGAUUCUGCCUGAUCUGUUGAUGCAAUCGCAGAAGAAGCUGCUGACGCUGUCGUUUAGCUCCAGGGACUCUACGCCUCAGCCUGUGCUGGCGGCUGGUCUGUUUUAUGGUGCUGGCAGUGGGUUUAUGACGAAGAAGGUCAAGGUGCCUUCGAGAGUGCCCAUUGCUACUGGUAUCUCUACUACUAUUCCUGUGACUGGAGAGAAACCUAAACCACAACAGGAAGGCGAUGCUUCUUUAGAAGACGAUGUGCUUUAUGCUAUUUUCCUUAUUCUAUACGAAAAAGACCCUGUGGGCGCUGGCAUGACUGUGAAACAAAUCUGUGAUGUGCUUGUGGAAAGACACCCAGAAAUGGCCCAGUUAUCGUCGAAAACCUCCAACUUGGUCAGCGCCAAACUCAAUGCGUACGUGAAACGUGUGGAAAAGGGCGACUCCAACUUACGCUACGCUCUUUCCCGUGAAUGGGCCGACGCUUCGCCAAAACGUAUGGUUUACGUCUACAGAGGCCUUUUGGCCAAGAACUUCCAUGUCCACUUGGCUGGAAACUCAUCCCAGAACAACCAGAACAACUCUGUCUCUGCUAAUCCUGCAACAGGCACACUGCCCAACUCGGUGGUUUCCAAAAACACCGUUUCGGCGUCGCCUGCCGCAGACUCGCUCGAAGCCGCUAAACACCUGGCCAUGCUGAAGCCUCGUCGUCUGACCAUGUUCGACUUGGGCGUCAACAGACCUGCUUUCGUCGAGAGCCCUAUCGACCGGUCCAACUUGUUCGUGCCGUAUGCGCUGGCGCCCGUGGCGGCCUCUUUGACUGAGGUGAAGUUGGAAGAGGCCAAGAAGUCGGAGGCUGUCGAGGAACUGGCUGCUAAGAACAACGACGCGGUGGAGCUGCUGUCGCCGGUGAAGAAGGACGACGACUUUGACUUUGACGAGUUGGAGGUGUUCAAUGAGGAUGACGACGACGACGAUAUGCCUGAUUUCGUCAUUGACACUUUGAAGAAGAAUGGUAAGCGUUCCAAGUCCAUGUCUUACCUUUCUGUGAAUAAGAAGGCCAAGUUCCUUACCGCUGCUGCCGCUGCUCCACGAGCUUCCAAGGCUCCGUGCUCUCCUAGUCCUAACGCUGCUGCUGCUGCUGCUGCUUUACAUGCUGCUGCUUUGAAGGCCAUUGCUGCUGCCAACUCGACAUCUUCGUCGCUGGCGUCGUCUUUGGCUUCUUCUUCAGGCACGUCUCCAGCUUCUUCAGCUACUCCAGAAGCUACAGCUUCUCCAAAGGCUAAAGACUGGCAGCACGCUGUUCGUCUGGGCUUCUUGAGCCAGGAAAUCGGUGCUCCUGAAGAUAUCAGUUUGUCUGAUUUGGAUAAGUUAUUCAGUUGA